AUGAAUAUGACGAAUCUAACGCAGGAUUAUAUCCUGCACGACUCUAUCCUCGAACUUGGUCAGGGUGAUUGUAUCGAUACGCCAUUCUCAACAGUAACUUCUGCAUUCUAUCACCAUGCAAAGAAGUAUCCAGACUCCACAGCCCUCCGCGAUCUCACAGAAUCCCCGAAGGAGCUGACAUACCGAGAACUCUCAAACAGAGCACAAAACUUGGCUUCGCAUCUCAUUGCUCAGGGUGUCUGCCCUGAUUCAAGGAUCCCCCUUGUUGCUAAAAGGGGAAUUGACAUGGUCAUCGGCAUAUUGGCGAUCCUUUCAUGUGGUGCCCAAUACGUUCCCAUCGACGGUGGUGUUGUUCCUGACGAAACUAUCCGUCGUGUGCUGGAGGAGUCAAAAGGAGGCGUAGUUCUUUGUUUGACUUCAACAAAGCACCGCGUUGCAUCCAACCUCGGCCAUACUGUGGUUACUAUUGAUCAAGUAGCAACCCCCUCCCUUGAAGAGAGCUCUCACAUCGAUCUUGCAUCACCAGAGACCGGCUGCUACGUGAUAUACACAUCCGGAACAACAGGCAAGCCCAAGGGAGUCGAUAUCACACAUAAGAAUGUAACCAACCUAGUGUGCUUAUCUCCCGGACAUCUGGGUGUGAAGGUUGGCACUUGCGUUGGCUCGGUCCUCAACAUCAGCUUUGACAUGGCGGCGUGGGAGAUAUUUGUUUGUCUCUGUAACGGAGGCACACUAGUCCUUCGAGGUUCCAAUUGGGAGUCAACCCUUCAACAGAUCGAUGUGCUCAUCUGCACACCCACAAUUCUUUCCAAAUACCAUCCAACACAGUUUCCCAGAAUCAAGACUGUUGCCACAGCCGGAGAGCCCACAACAAGAAGACUUGCCGACCUGUGGGCAGAACAUGGUACAUAUUGGAACUGUUGCGGACCAACCGAAACGACUAUCGUCAACACCAUGCAUAAACACACUGUUGGAAAGGAACUGUCAAUCGGUCGACCGACUCCGAAUAACAGAGUGUAUGUGCUCGAUGGCGAAGGCAAGCCGACGCCCAUGGGUACCGUUGGAGUGAUGUGGGCUGGCGGGCUCGGAGUAUCUCGAGGCUAUAUCGGUCUCGAAGACAAGACAGCUGAGAGAUACAAGCCAGAUCCAUUCUCUAGAGAUGGGUCGUUAAUAUACAACACUGGAGAUCUCGGCCGCUGGCUACCUGAUGGCUCAAUCGAGAUUCUCGGCCGAGUUGACGACCAAGUCAAAGUCAAGGGUUUUCGUGUGGAGCUAGAUGGCGUGACUGCAUCUCUAGUAUCGGCGCCCGGCGUGUCUCAGGCGGCUGCGCUGCUGAUCGAUGGAGAAAUUCAUGGAUUCACCACCCCGCGCAACUGCGAUGUAACCACGACGAUUAAGCAUAUGCAUCAACACCAACCCUAUUAUGCCGUACCAACACACCUCCACCCCUUGGACGAGCUCCCCUCAACGCCGAACGGCAAGGUCGACAAGAAUAAACUCAAGGCAUUGGCCUUGGCUGAGCAGAGUACUACCACGCAAGCAUGCGAGAACGAGAAGGUCCAAGAAGCUCGUGUUGAGCUCAAAUUCCAACCUUCCAUGUCUACUUUGGCAACUCUUACGGACAAGUUGGAUCUUGAACGCGGCAUUCCUGAUAAGGCAAUGGGUCGACCGCUUAGGGGCCUACGACGCAGGGUCUUCAUCGUCUACCGUACACUGUUCAGUUUGAUCGGAUUACUGAACUUGGCAGCGUUGAUCUGCGUGAUCGCUCUGCAUCUUGAUUCCGAAUGGUUGGGUAUCAUCACCGCUAUCAACCUCGCAGUUGCAGUGCUCGUACGACAAGAUACGGUGAUCAACAUCCUGUACACUGUCUUCUGCUCAAUGCCAAAGAGUUUCCCACUCUGGGCCAGGGUACGCUGCGCCAAGAUUUAUCACCUAGGUGGUCUACACUCCGGUGCGGGUGUUUGUGCCACCGCAUGGCUAGUCAUCUCAACAGUCCGUGGGACAAUCUGCAAUGCAGGUUUUUGCAAAGGUCAUGCGACAGUUUCCUUGGCGACACAGGUCGUAUCGUGGAUUUUAUGCGGGCUCCUGUGUUCUAUGGUAGCCACUGCAUGGCCUUCGUUCCGUAAGCAGUACCACAACUUCUUUGAGCGUUUCCACCGUUUUGCAGGCUGGACAUCGCUGGGUCUGUUUUGGGCCCGCACGAUUCUAGCUAUCAAUGAUUCUCGACCUCAAGGCCAAGAUCUUAGUCUCGCCGCUGUCAAGAGUCCAGACUUCUGGCUUUUGAUUGUGGCAACUUUGAGUAUCGCCUCUUCAUGGUUCUUCCUGCGCAAGGUUCCCGUCGAGGCCGAAGUCCUUUCCGAUCAUGCAGUACGACUGCAUUUCGAUUAUACCGUUCCUGUAAACGGCAGCUUCACGCGACUUUCUCGGCGGCCAUUGAUCGAGUGGCAUUCUUUUGCAACCAUCCCCAACCCAGAAGCCAACGGCCACGCUAAGGGUUAUUCGCUGGUAGUCUCUAAUGCUGGCGAUUGGACACGCUCGUGUAUCAAAAACCCACCGAGUAAGAUUUGGGUGCGUGGUGUGCCGACUUGUGGGGUGAUGCGUAUCGCAACUCUCUUUAACCGCGUCGUGAUUAUCGCCACAGGCUCUGGGAUUGGACCGCUACUGGGACACAUAGUCAAGCAGUCGUGUCCCACUCAGCUGAUCUGGUCCACGACAAGACCUGAAAACACAUUCGGCAAAGAGCUUGUCAGUCAGGUCCGAGAUGCUAUCCCAGAUGCGAUCAUCUGGGACACAAAAGCCCAAGGUCGACCAGAUCUUGUGCGAAUGGGCUAUAACGUGGCCAAGAACUUCGACGCCGAAGCUGUGAUCAUCAUAGCAAACGAAAAAAUCACCAAAAAGGUCGUGUACGGCCUCGAAACCCGUGGCAUGCCGGCUUUUGGUGCUAUUUGGGAUAACAAGAAGAACUCGCCCAUUCUAUUCCUUCACGGUCUGUUUGGAUCCAAGAAGAACAACAGAGCUAUCAGCAAAGCUCUGGCUCGAGAUCUGGGAAGAUAUGUAUACGCCCUGGAUCUCAGAAACCACGGUGAAUCGCCUCAUGAUACACGCCAUGACUACAGCGCCAUGGCCCAGGAUGUAGCCGAGUUCAUUGAGGGCCACGGUCUCAAGGACACAACUCUGAUCGGCCAUUCAAUGGGAGCCAAAACUUCAAUGGCCCUGGCCCUUCGCUCUCCAGACCUGGUGUCUGAUAUUGUCGCCGUUGACAAUGCCCCCGUGGAUGUCUCACUCAGCAGAGAUUUCCCCAAGUACGUCCGCGCCAUGAAGAAGAUUCAGGAAGCAGGUGUCACACGCCAAUCCGAAGCCGACAAGAUCCUCAGCGAGGUUGAGGAGUCUCUGCCCAUCCGACAGUUCCUCCUCGGCAACAUGUACUUGCCCGAAGGUGAGAAGGUGCGCAAGUUCCGCAUCCCUCUUCACACCCUAGGCAAGGCGUUGGACAACCUUGGAGAUUUCCCAUACAAGAACCCCAGCGAGAUCCGUUUUGAGAAACCAGCCCUGUUCGUUCGAGGCACACAGAGCAAAUAUGUACCUGAUGACGUACUGCCUCUGAUUGGACAAUUUUUUCCCAAGUUCCGACUCGUCGACGUCGAUGCUGGUCACUGGCUCAUCUCGGAACAGCCUGAAGCGUUCAGACAAGCGGUGGUUGAGUUUCUUCAGAAGCCCGAGUGA